UUAUAAAUUAAAUUGGCCUUCUUUUCCAAGACUCUGUCUUUUGGAAUUAGUUGAGAGGUCUUCACCUUCUUCCUUUUAUUUUCCCACCUCACUUUCUCUCUCUUCCCUCACACCCAUUUUCUCUCUCCUCUACAAAUCAAAAAACUUGAUCAAUGUCCUCCAUCCUCUGUUCUCAAGGUGUCUUCUUGGCUACUGCCAUGGCUGCUGGUACUGUCAUCCUCUUAGCCAUCAAGCUUCAAAAGUCCCCUUCUUCUCAAUUUCAAGUCAAUCAAAUCCCAAUUCUUCGCCCUUGUCUUUCUUCAGGUGAAAAAAGGGGAGAAAAGAAGAAAAAAAGGGUUCGAUUUGCAGAAGAUGUGGUGGAUCCAAGAGGAGAUAACGAGGAAUUUAGAAGACAACACAGUAAUAAUAUUUUAAGAAAGAUUAACAAAGUUGAAAACAGGGGUUUAAUGCCGGCAAAUCGAGCUGCUCUUUACAAAGGAAUUAUCAGAGAUCGCGUGAUUCAUCGUGUCACUUACUCUUAUUAAUUAGUUUAAUUAAUUAAUCAACCAAUUAACUGUAAUUUGAUUAGACUUUGGUCUAAUUAAGUAAUUAGUCGUCUUGUGAAUAUGUACAAAUUUUUGAUUUUGGAAUCUUGUUGUUUGGUGGGUGAAACAAAUUACUCACUUUUAGGAAUUUUAGCGAGAGAGAGGUUGUACAUAGAAAAUUGCUGACAAAAGAGGGAAAGUUCGAUUAACUUGCUAAUCAAGUUUUUAGCUUCUUUUAUCGUGUUUAGAAUUCUAAUGAACAUAUUAGAGGGUGAUUACCGAAUUUGUAAUGAAUUAAUGAUCCUCUUUGUAAUUGUUCAUUGAGAAUUGGAAAAGAGUGUAGGGUGAAUUUUCA